GACAAGCGGAUGCGCUUUACUUGCGUCUUUUCUCUCGUACUUUCUCACUUCCCUCCUCUACUCACCAACCUCGGCGUUACUAGGCAGGUGCUGAGCUAUUCUGCCUCUGUGUUGGUCUAACUAAGGGAUAUCUGUAUCUGUGGCGUUUCAGGGUAUCCAGGUCAGUAGGUUAUGAUAAAAUAAGAAGCCUUUUCUGGAGUUUAAAGGCUGUUUUUGUCGGCGUCGUGAAGUCGUCAGAAGCGGCAGCCUGCAUCCGCCCGUUAAAGACUGAGACUGACAAGAAAGAUCUUCCUCUUCAGUGCUGAGAGGUUAGACCUGUCUGGACAGAAUGACGGUCUUUAAGGUCAUCAGAGAGAAGGACGAGAACCUGACCACCACGCUGCAGAGGCAGAGCGGAAGUGCACUGAGCCGAGAGGGCCCACAGAACUGAGAGGUUAUGUGAAGCGGACAUAAAGCCCACUCCUGGGGAACUGCAGACUGUACAUACCUAUGAUUAAAGACUGAAAGCAGAGACCUCAUAAGUUGGUUAAACAAGCUGAACCAUCACUGAACUCUGAAAGGAAUUACAACAAGGCAGGCCUGCAGAUCACCUACUAUGAAAAGUACCACCUGCACACGGAAGUACAGCACUUGCAGAGUGAUUGCUGGUUUUGAGUACCCCAAGAACCCUUUGUCUCACCAAUAAGUCACAGAAAAGCCGCCCCUAAGACUUUUUCCAAAUCUUGAGUGAGUGAGAACACCAGCAGCUACCAUGAAUGGUUUAGAAGAGAUGUCAGUGAAGUGCGUCCUGGUCGGGGACAGCGCGGUCGGCAAGACGGCCCUGCUGGUCCGCUUCACUUCAGAGACCUUCCCGGACACCUAUAAGCCCACAGUGUUUGAGAACACAGGGGUGGAGGUGUACAUGGACGGGGUUCAGAUCAGCCUGGGGUUGUGGGACACGGCCGGUAAUGACAACUUCAGACAAAUCCGACCAAGGUCGUACCAGCAGGCCGACAUUGUCCUCAUCUGCUACUCCGUGGCCAACCCUAACUCGCUGGCCAACGUCCAGCACAAGUGGAUCGCCGAGGUUCGGGAGAACCUGCCCCGGGUGCCAGUGCUGGUCGUGGCCACCCAGACAGACCUGCGGGAGGCGGGGGCUUAUCGGAGCAUCUGCAUCUCAGCGGCGGAGGGCAGACGUGUGGCUCAUGAAAUCCACGCUAAAGGCUAUCUGGAGUGCUCCUCUUUAAGCAACCGAGGCGUGCAGCAGGUGUUUGAGUAUGCGGUGCGGACGGCUGUGAACCAGGCCAGGAAGCAGGCCAGGAGACGCAUAUUCAGCAUAAACCAGUGCAAAGUCUUUUGACCUUUGACCCUGACUCGGUGGCUUGAACUGUCACGCGAUGACUUGUCUAAUUAUGGGUGUUAGUGUGCUUUUCAAACUCAGUGAGGGCUCAUAGAGGUACAAGAACCCAGAGGUGCAUUUGUUUCAUGUAUGUAGGGUUCUUCUUCACUAACAGGGUGUCCUGCCCCUCCAUCCAAGACUAACCUCAACUUAAACCAUAUUUAAAACUGAGAAUACAUUAAUUUAAUCAUACACCAAAUAAAUCCUCGUGCAAAUGUACAAAUGGAAGUUGUACUUUUGUUUGAUCCAGGGAGCGACGUAAAGAGAAGAAUUUCUUUGAUUCUUCUCAUCUGUUUUUUUUUUUAAGUGAACCACAGGUUUUUCAAAUGAAACAUCAGAGGUUUUUCGUGAGACUUUAAUCUGAUUUAAAGCAUUUAAAGCUUUAAUGGCGAUGUAUUCAACAUAUAGUUUCUCUAAUUGUUUUACUAAUAAGCAAUGCAAAGAGGAAGUGUAUUAAUAUGGAGGUUGAGGCUGCAUCAAAUUAACUUUUCAGUUGUAGCGUAAACCAAAAAAGUGCCUUUACAAGUAAUGUUUUUUACAGUUGACUGGAACUUUCACAGUGUGAUUUGCACAUUUGCCAAAAUCACAUGAGGAAAACAUUUGCUCCUAAAAGUUUUUGAUUAAUUGGAAAUUAGCAAAUUAUGGUGUGAACAAAGUGCAGCCAUUUCUCAUCAAAAGUUUCAACUAUUAAGAAUAAAAUAAUGUAAGUGUCGGCUCAGAGUCCAGAAGAACAGUUUUGUUGUACCAGGCUCUACAUACAGAAUAUUCUCUAUAUUUUCUUUUUAGAUUAGAUCUGUCAAAUCUGUUUAAAGAUAUCUGUAUUUUUACUGUUUGAAAUGUUUACUCAGACAUCAGAUGCAUUGAAAUGUAUAUAAUAAUGGCCAUUAAAAAAAUUGAAUUAAUUGAGAAAUGUAUUUUAUAUUGUCAGAGGAACGAUUACAAAAAAUGUUCUAAAAUAAAAUGAAGCAAUGUGAAACAUCAACACCUGAAAUUUUGACCCAUGGCAAUGGCAUUGAAGAAAUGUCACAUAUGGCUACAGUGGAUUUUUUCUGCAUCGUCAUUGUCAUCAAACUUUAUACCUUCUUUUAAAAACAUAAGGAAAGUAUUAAGGUACGGUUUGCUACCUGUGUAUCUUGCAAACUGUCACUGUUGUUGCCUGUUACUGAAACAACUAAUUUUAUUUCAUAGAUUUAAAAUAGGGAUUCAACAGACUUUGCCGUUACUGAAUGACUGAAUUGUAGAGGGAGUUAAAUGUCUAAAAUUGUGAAAGAUCAUCCAAUAAUCUACAAGUUUUUAAAAUGUAUUUUAAAUGUAUUCAGUCAUUUUUCUCAGUAAUGGUUGUGUUAUCUUCCCUUUGUAUCCCUUUCUGUUUUUGAAGUAGUUUGUGUUGGAUAUUUGUUAAAUUAAAUUUGUUGAAUUUCAGUGUGUGUUCAUUAAGAAACGUUUAUACCCAGAUAAACUCUAUAAGAAUAAUAUACACUGUAAAAGGUUUAAUUAAGACACUUUGUAUGUGAACAUACUUUGUGUGUAUUAUACUUUUAUGGCCACAUUCCAAUGUACUAUGUGUCUCAUGUACAAACUUAAUAUAAUACAUCUUAUGUACAAAAUGUAUACAAUAUGAGGUAUUAAGCUACCAUUUGCCAAACUUUUGUGAAAUCUGCAUUAGGAAACACAUUAUAUUGUAUGUUUAUAUACAAAUAAUUUAUAGAUUUUUAGACAUAGGUGGGCUGCAAUACAAGUGUCGCAUCAUGACUUUGACUAGAUUGUUCCAGACUAUUUUCUGAAUGAUGGUUAGGUUAAAUAAUAUUUUCUGUAUAAACCCAUAAAUGUUUUCAGACGUG